UUUUUCACACUCAUUUCACACACACGCAUACAUGCACACUUAUAAUUGGGCUUUAGCCGAUCAAUCGAUGACGUCGAUCAGUAGGCCUACAUGUAUGAUGAACUAUGGAUGCAGUGAAAACAUGUCAGCCUAUACGUCAAUACACUGUCGGCUAGACUAGAGGCAGCGUAGGCACUUAUCCCUAGAUUAAGGGAGGUCGGCGAGAGAGAGAUAACAGCUUAUUAACAUGCACAAUAUAUCAGACAAGGAAUGCAUAUAACAUGAGGCCCGGCGUGGGGUAAAUACGGAAAUUUGUAAACAACUCUCCUGCCUUCAAACAGUUUAAUUAUAAAUCGACAAGGAUUUCCUACCCGAAACCACAGGCAUUCAUUUCUGGAUCGAGGGGUAUCGGGGAGGAGAAAAAAGUAUGACAAUUUGAAAACAACUCUCCUGUCUAUAUUUGCUUAGUUUGUUUUGAUCACAAGCCGAAAUUAAAAAUGUAAUUUGCGAGCGUCAUGAAAGGAGUGAAAACACUCCUGCCUUCAAAUGUUUUAUUUCAAAACGAUUUGGUUCACGAUUUUAUGUCAUGAUUGCCCAAAGCCCAUAUUUCACUACAUGUCACGAUUAAUACAUCUUUCUUUGCAACAAAAUAGACAUCAAUCCAGCAGUUAUAACGAACUGGUUAACAGAAGUGACGUCAUUAUCGUUUUCAGAAUCAAUUUUGCGUUAGGUUUGUCCUCCAACAGUAAAAAAACUAUAAAGUAAUUACACUCUGUCUGCAGCAAUUAAUAUGUUGCUAAGCCGAAAUAGGAUUGGGUUGAAUACAUUCGUUCCUUGUGUCUAUCUUCCAAUCAGCCCAAAUCCGCGUCUGGCUAGUUCUACAGGCAAUAUAUCGGUUCAUAUAUAUAAGAGAUGAACACAAUUAGAAAUAAACGUUGGGACAUUCUUGAUGCAGGUACGUACUGAUUUGAAGGCAGUAGAUCUGGAGCUGUUUACAAUCGCAUUUUUACCCCACGCCGGGCCUCAUGUUGUAUAAUUUAAUGCAUAUCCAGUCAUGAAGUGCAAAACCUUGUCUAGACAUUAUACAUGUACACGAACCCCUUUCUCCUCCCUGAUCUCACUCAAUCCACGCUAGAUACCGAUCGACCUUAAGAGAAAGUCUUUCUAGCCGAGUAAGUAGGAAUCGGAUAAUAUCUAUCAACGACAAUAAUACAAAUUUCAAAAGGCCGAUGAAAGCUUAACAAAAUCUCAAUCAUCAUGGUCAAUUUGCAUCCGCAUCAACCUUAUCACAUGAGCUUAAUAUUUAUGAUAUUUUAUCGUACGACAAAACCUAGUCGUCAUACAAUACAAUAACUUAAAUCUUUUACUAAAAUUAUGUAUUGAUCGAAACGAGCUCAUGAGCUGCAUACUUAACUCUAAUGCCUAUUUAUGGAACAAAGCGACAGCCUAUCUAUCGGUGUACUAAAUGCGUGAAGAAAUAUAGAGUGUAAUCUACAGCUUGGUGCACUUGGUAGAUGCUCUAGUUAUUUCACACCGUCUGUGUUCUUUACAUUUAUUGAAAAAUACACUACGAUACAAACGUGUAUGUUAUUGACUGAAAAUAAACAACUUUAUCUUACACUUAUAUGGAAUCCGUGAUUUUACCAGAUCAACUCCCCAUUCUUUGGUUUACGUUUGUUUAACCCCCAUCAAGUUCUCGAAAACUUCACUUUCGGUCUACAUGAUCUAAAAAAUGAACUUUCCUACUUCUAUCCAGUUGGACUCCUUUUCCUAUUCCAUUUUUAUUUGUGACAUGAUUGUAGCAGAAGACGUCUGCUUGUUUAGAGAAAAUGUUAUACUUGUUCUCCGAAACAGUGGCGUUAAUAUGCGCCUAGCUCCGCGCUCUAAUUUCAGGGAAUUUCCUUUUCAUAAUUCAACUGUUCGUUUUAUGCGUUAUUUGGUCUGGGCGUAUCGUCCUUGGUUCCACUUCUGAAAUGAUCAGCGAUGGAAGAUGAAGAAAUAACACCCCUCAUUGACGAUGAAGAGUUUUCAAUCCGUUCCCUGUCACCAGUGCAGACUGAAACUUUACCCCUCCCAUCCGGAAUUGAAUAUCAUCUAUUUGUGUCAUGCCAAGAAGCAGAUGCCAGCAUUGCAAAACAGUUGAUACAUGACCUGGAAACGCGAUUUCAGUUCAGAUGUUUGUAUGGAGACAGGGAUUUCGAGCCGGGCAAAAGAAUUUUGACAAAUGUUGUGGAAAGUGUUGCGAAAUGCAUGAAAUUUCUGCUUAUUCUAACGCCAGCAUAUUUAGAAAGCGGCUUUUGUAAAGUAGAAAUGCAACAGGCAUGCCACCAUUUUGUGCGUAACAAUAUGGAAGGGUGCAUGGUGUGUCUUAAACUGGUGGAUUGCGAAGUACCCCAUGAAAUAGCUGACGUCACAUAUAUAGACGGAUAUGACAUGUCAAUGAAAUACAUUGCACGGAGGGUUUUGGACGCCUUCCACAAAAAUGAAACGUGCACACUGCUAAGUCGCAACACAAAUGGAAUGGAAUUACUAUAUAGCAGUGUUACGAAAAGCAACAAAAGUCGAUGGAUCGGAAGUCGAUAUCAUUUCGACGAAAUUCCAUUGAGCAGAGGUGAUUGCAAUGUACAUGAGGAUGGAAUUGUUCUGUUCCGGAAUAUCAAAGACGAAAUCAACACAUUUUGGUGGGUGAGAUUUCUGGGUAGUUUGUGUUCAAAACGACUCAUGUGCUUUCUACCAUGUGGUUUAUUCUGUUGUACAAUGCUUAGCUCCUUCGCAGAAUCUAUUUUCCGCAGAGAAAAUGUGCCUGGAAAUUUCAACUUAGCGGUUGGUCUAGCAAGCCUGGGCUUGAUUUAUUUGACUGUAUUAGGAUGUGUCCUGAUACAUAUAGCAACGAAUUCUUUAGACCGAUAUCUAAGGAAACACAUCAAGGAUAAAACUCUUUGUGGGACGAACUUCUUUGUGAUUAGGAAACGAGUUGUAGAUCCAAGUGGAACUUUGACGCCUUUGGUGAAAUAUCGGCGUUAAUUAUCCUUGUACCUGUCUUUAAUCAAAUACAACACGGCUCCUUGUCAGCGUUUCAUGGAGAACCAACUGACAGAGCUAUGUCGAACACAAAUAUCUGCUGACGAGAUCAAGGAAAGGAGUGAUAGUUUUAUACUGGAAGCGAUUUGGACAUACUACAAUGAUCCGGUGACUAUUCCAAAGGAAGGCCUGCCUCGCCACUCAACCUAUAACGGAGUAAACUGUUUGUGCCAACUUGUUGAAUUAAGUACGAUGUACAGAAACUUUACAGCAAGGAUCCAACUAAAAAACAUGGAAUGCUGAUCAAUAACCUUCUGUCAAAGAUUCCAGAAAAACUGAACGCUUUACAGUUAGGCUUUUGCCUACAACAAACUAAAACAUAACAUUAUUUGACAUAGCAUUGAAAACAAGUAUUUCUGUUUGGGAAAAUCAUACAAGGAAACUGAUUGAUUAAUAAGUGAAUAAGGAACUUACAUUGUAUUUCUCAAAGCACGUGAAAAAUAAAAUGCCGACCGUUUUGUGUUAUCUGAUCAAGAAGGUGCCCACAGUCCAUGUAUUUUGUGUAAUUCUGUUAAGAAAUUGUAUUUAUUAUAUAUUUUACUUAUGAUAUAGGAAGUUUGUGUUAGUAAAGGGAACGUAGAUAUCAAAUCCCGACAUUAAAAGCAGAACGUUGAAGAGUUAGAGGCAAUACCAGUACAAUAUAAACAAUAAAAUGUAUGUAAAACGUAUAUUGAAUGAACACGAAAAAGGUUGCGAAAGGAUAAAGGUAGUCCAAAUAUGAUGACGUGACUUAUCACGUUAUAACGGAACGUAAUAGCAUUUUAAUUAUAUUCAAAAUUCAGCUCCUAAACAUUUCCGUGGUAUUGGAAUUUACACUAGCUAUGCCCUAGGCAUUUGAUUAAGAAAAAUAGACGUAUUUUCACCAUGUUUACUUAAUAAUGACUAUUACACAGUAAAACUUCAUUAAACUGCCAGAAUUUGUCCAGAGAAAAUUAAGCGUUAUAAAGUGGUUUGGUGAUAAUUUGAGGGAAAUAGUAAAGGAGCAAAAGACACAUAUUCAGUAUUAAUCAAAAACAAUGUUCAACCUACUGCUCAAAGAAAAUGGAUCUUAAAUGAUAAUAUAGAUGAUGAAACAAGGAAAGAAAUAUGAAUGUCCUUUAAAAUCCACCACUAACUCCAAACUACAGUGGUAACAGAACAGAAUAAACCAAAGAAUCCUCACUACAAACACAUGUUUAUUCAAAAUUGGCAAAUCACACAAUUACCUUUGCACUUUCUGUAAAAUUCACCCUGAGGUUGAUGGCUAAUUGACGAGCUGAAAACAAAUAUUAUAACUAAAAACCUUACAUUAAGAUUCGAUAAACAAGAACUCACUUUUGGUAAACAUACAUAUACACAUUCAACGUUUUAUUUAGAAAACAUCAUAAUACUACUUAUAAAAUAAUACAUAUAUAAAGCUAAAUGCCUAGAAAUAGACCUUAAUCUGACUAAUCUCUAAAACCAUAUGAAAUUUGCAUUAAAAGCACAAAAGAUCCUUGUGUCUAAACAGAAUAAAUAAAUAAAUAAGGAUGAGUUAUCAAAAAGAUAACUGGAUGCAGUUAUAAAUGACUUAUCAUGACAUAUUUGUUCUAUACAUAUAUAUCACAUAUUCAUUCCAAACAUAUAUACGUCUAUUGUACUAAAUCAUCUCCUCACUGUAAUAAUAAUCAUCAACUUUCUCAUACAUUCUAAUUCGCUAGGCUUCACUAAAAAUAAAAUGACCUAGGAUUUGCUACCCCAUCCCCUGUAAUGUAUUGUGUUUUGUUUAGUUUUUUGUUUUUGUUACGGUUUAUUUGUUACAGUUUAUUUGUUUAUACUCUUGU